AUGAAUCUCUGUGCGCAAAUUGCGUUAAUAAUCGCUUUGGCAAAAGGCACUGUUUCUGCAUCGGCUUCAAAUAUCGAAUGUGGAGCUUGUACUCUGGUGAUGUCGGAACUAGAAUCAGGAAUCGCUGGUGUUGAUAAGGACAAAAAAAUUGGAGUUGGUAGUUUUCGUAUUGAUUCGCAUGGUAACCAAGGAGGACUUAACCAGAUUCCUUACGCGAGGUCAGAAACUCACAUUCAUGAGUUGCUCGAAAACGUUUGUGAGAAGAGCCAACAGUAUUCGUUGGUUGUACACCCAACCACGGGAAAAGCCGUCUUUGUAAGAAAAGAUAGCACUCAUCUGCCUGGUGAAAAUGACAGAUCAACGUUAGCGAGGCUGAAUAACGCUUGCAGUGACUUUUUGGAUGACUAUGAAGAGGAAGUUAUCAAGUUUUUGGCUACCGAACAUGAGGAUUCCGUUAGAGAUUUCUGCUACUCACAAAUAGGUAAGGCCUAUGUAGCUACUAGCUGUGCUGUGAUUAUGCUUUAG